AUGACUAUUAAAUAUAAAGAGGAAGAGGAAUAUAGACAGCAGGUUGCUAAACAAAUAAGAUUAAAUCAAAUCCAUUUAGAAUCCUUAACACAUCCAGGAUCUAAGAUAACUUUCCCUGUUGAUCAUCCAAACCCGAUUCCAAAACCUGGGACAAGAAUCUUUUUCUUUGAUAUUGAUAACUGUUUGUAUAAAUCUUCCACUAGGAUUCAUGAUUUAAUGCAGAUUUCAAUUGAAAGAUAUUUUGAAAAUAAAUUAAAUUUGUCUCCGUUGGAAGCAAAGAGAUUAAAUCAUACAUAUUACAAAGAAUAUGGAUUAGCCAUUCGAGGACUAGUUAUGUUUCAUGGAGUGAAUGCAUUAGAAUACAAUGCUUUGGUUGACGAUUCUUUACCAUUACAAAAUAUCUUGGAACCGAACCUUAAACUAAGAAACAUUUUAAUUAAAUUGAGACGCUCGAAAAAAUUUGAUAAAUUAUGGCUGUUUACUAAUGCCUAUAAAACUCACGCGUUGAGAGUUAUUAGAUUAUUAGGGUUAGGUGACCUGUUCGAUGGAAUAACGUAUUGUGACUAUAAGCAAAUUGAUACAUUGAUAUGCAAACCUGAUGUAAUGGCUUUUGAGAGGGCAAAAUUACAAAGUGGAUUAUAUGAUUACAAGGAUGCUUGGUUUGUUGAUGAUAGCGGUUCAAAUAUUGCUACUGGUCUUCAAUUAGGUAUGAAACAUUGCAUACACGUAGUUGAAAAUAAGGGAAGUAAAAUGCAUGAAAUCUUGGGUCAGAGUCCUCCUGGUUCACAAGUAAUACAAUAUAUCACAGACUUACCAGAUAUCUUAUCUGAACUAGCAUAA